AUGGUUGAUCAAGAGCUUCCCGAUUUCAAUGUGAUGGCAGCAAAUAUGAACAAUAUUUCGCAUGAGCAGGCCUCCCUAGCCGUUCACCUCGAGAGGAUGCAAAACCUCCCAGCCUUCGACGCAGGAGCGCAGAUUCUUCAAGCAAUCGCGGCUUUGUCUCGCCGAAUGGAUGAGCAAAUGCAGCAGCAAGCCCAGCAAGCCCAGCAGCAAGCCCAGCAAGCCCAGCAGCAAGCCCAGCAACUGGUGCAAAUACAACAAGAGAUGCAGCAAAUCCGUCAAGAGAUCUCCCGCUCGGAACGCAACAAUUUUGCAAGGCUGCUCAAUUCUUUCGUCAAUCAUUCCGAUACCCGUCUUGAAGCUUUAUAUGGCUUGGACAAUGAACCCCUUCAAGAUUUCCCUGAAACAAUUGCUGAUAUCGGAGCACUUACUGGUGCCGGGCUCAGCACCCUCCUCGGCCAGCUGGGUUUGCCUGUUGAUGGUAACGUCCCCGAUUGUAAACGACGAUUCAUCAAGUACAUCGGCUUGCGUAGUUUGGUUUGA